CUCGUUUUAGUCGCUUAGAGAUAUCAUCCUCAGAUGCAUGGCUCCGGCAUCAGAUCCUACUGCUGCAACUUCAUCUAAUAAUGACGUCAAGGGGUUUGAGAUCAAUCAGUUGCAAGAUGGCGGAAAGGGUCACCGUGACGACGAUUUCACAAGAGAUGGAUCAGUGGAUCGGCAUGGAAAACCAGCUCUAAGACGGAACACCGGUGGAUGGCGAUGCGGCAUAUUUCUAUUAGUUAACCAAGGGCUAGUUACACUGGCAUUUUCUGGAGUUGAAGUAAAUAUGGUACUUUUUGCAAAAUCAGUACUCAGGCAGAGCAAUGCAGAGGCAGCAAACACGUUCAGCAGAUGGCUGGGAACUGUGGAAUUCUUUUCUCUAAUGGGUGCUUUUAUUAGUGACUCAUAUUUAGGCAGAUACCUCACUUGUGUCACAUUUCAGAUUGUACACAUCUUCGGGUUGAUGGCACUAUCCAUCUCAACUUAUCUAUUUAUGCUUAAACCUCCGGAUUGUGGAAAAAUCGGCCAGUUAUGUGACCCUCAUAGACCAAUUGAAGUAGCAGUGUUCUAUAUAUCAAUUUACCUUAUUGCUCUAGGAAAUGGAGCUCCCGAACCAGCAUUGGCUACCUUCGGUGCAGACCAAUUUGAUGAGGAGAAUCCAGAAGAAAAGAAAUCAAAGGCUUCAUUCUACAGUUAUUUUUACGUAGCAUUAAAUCUAGGAUGCUUAAUUGGAGAGACAGUAUUAGUCUACUUAGAGAGCAUGGGGCAUUGGGUAGUGGCCUUUUGGACAUGUACGGCCUCUGGAAUUCUUGCCUUCCUAUUGUUUUUGAGUGGGAGCUUCCAUUACCGACAUUUCAAGGCCACUGGAAAUCCCAUCUCUAGAUUCUCCCAAGUGAUUGUGGCUUCCAUAAGGAAGAUGAAUCAACAAUUGCCCUCGAAUGGAGAGGGGCUUCAUGAAACUAUUGCAAGGGAUGGUGAUAUGAAUGGUCUGAGAAAGAUACCCCACACAAAUGGCCUCGAAUUUCUUGAUCGAGCUGCCUAUAUUACCCAGGAUGACAUUACAUGGAUGUCAAAAGAAGGCCAAACUGCAAACCCAUGGAAUCUUUGCACAGUCACACAGGUUGAAGAAGUGAAAUGCGUACUUAGAAUAUUGCCUAUAUGGUUCUGCACCAUCUUGUCCUCUGUCGUGUUCAUUCAAAUGCUCUCUCUUUUUGUUGAGCAAGGAGCUGCAAUGGACCGGAAGGUCUCGAAAAGCUUUCUGAUUCCUCCGGCCAGUAUGACCUCUUUUGACAUUGUGAGCACCACCCUCUUCAUUGUAUUCUAUGACAAACUCAUUGUUCCAUUUUACAUUAAAAUAGCAAAAAGAGAGCCAAAGCCUCCAAGUGAGCUACAAAGAAUCGGUAUCGGCCUUGCCAUUGCGGUUAUAGCAUUGGUGAUUGCUGGCUUUGUUGAGAGGCUAAGGCUUAAUCAUGCUAGCAGCACUGGAGAAACUAGUUCUUUGAGCAUUUUCUGGCAGACUCCACAGUAUGUACUUGUCGGAGUCUCUGAAGCAUUUGUGCAUAUUGCACAAAUGGAGUUUUUUGCAUCACAAACUCCAGAUGGAUUGAAGAGCUUGGGGAUGGCGUUGUCCAUGUUUUCUUCAGCGAUAGGUAGUUACGUUGCUAGCAUGAUCUUAACAAUGGUGAUGAAGUUCACAACAAAGGAUGGGAAGCCCGGUUGGGUUCCUCCAAAUCUGAAUAAUGGUCAUCUAGACAGGUUUUUCUUCCUAUCGGCUGGUUUGACUGCUCUCGACUUGGCAUUUUAUGUUGUAUGUGCGAAGAGCUAUAAGUUCAAAUCAUUGGAGAAGAGAGAAGGCCGGGGAUAUGAACUGAUGAGUUAA